CGUUACUAUCUACGCAACAUUUUUUUCUCCAAGUAGAGAAGCAUGGUCCGAUUGAGAGUAGAUGUAUCUGGUGGUAAGGAGAGAUUUAAGCGGCCAAUCAAUUAUUCUCGUAGAGAAUCGCAUGGUCCAUCACCAUUUCUUGAAAAUGGAGCAUUGGGCAGCCGCAGAGGGCUAACUUUUCUUGGCCCUUGUAACCCACAUCUGACAACCGAGGAUGCGUUGUCUUAUUUGAAGGAAGUUAAGGACACGUUUCAAGGCAGAGAGAAGUAUGAUAUGUUUCUUGAUAUUAUGAAACAUUUUAAGGCUCAAAGAAUUGAUACUGUUACUGUCAUAGCAAGAGUGAAAGACUUGUUCAAAGGGCACCCUAGGUUGAUCACUGGGUUCAACACUUUCUUGCCCGAGGGUUAUACAAUAACUCUCAAUCAAGAAGAUAAGCCUAAAAUUGAAUUUGGAGAAGCUAUCAACUUUGUGAACAAAAUAAAGACACGUUUCCAAAAUGAUGAUCAUGUCUACAGAUACUUCCUAGACAUAUUGAACAUGUAUAGGAAAGAGCAUAAGGGAAUCAAUGAGGUGUACCGAGAGGUUGCCGUACUUUUCAAUGGCCAUCCAGAUUUGCUAGAUGAGUUCACUAGGUUCUUGCCAGAUACUAAGAGGGAAGUAGAUCUAACCAAGCAGCAGCAUCCUGGUAAAAUGAAUUCUUUUGGAGAGUUUGAAGAUGCCCUGAAAUAUUCGUGUAGCAAAGGGUUCAUUUUCUGUGAAAGGGUAAAGGAAAGACUACAAAGUCCAGCUGAUUAUAUGAAAUUCUUAAAAUGUCUCCAUAUUUACAGCACAGAAACGAUUGCAAGGAACAAGUUACAAAGUUUGGUUGCUGAAAUACUUGGAAAAUAUCCUGAUCUUAUGGAGGGUUUCAAUGAAUUUCUGGAUCAUUAUGAUCGAGUUGAUACAUAUACAAAAGGGUUCACUUUCUGUGAAGAGGUAAAGGAAAGACUAGGAAGUCCAGCUGAUUAUCAGACAUUCUUAAAAUGUCUUAGUGAUUACAGCGGAGAAAUAAUUACAAGGGAGCAGUUACAAUCUUUGGUUGCUCAAACACUUGGAAAACAUCCUUGUCUUAUGGAGCGUUUCAAUGUAUUUAUAGAUCGUUAUGAACGAGCUGUUGGAUUUCUUGUAGGUGUAAUGACUAAGUGGAAUGAAUCCAAGUUAGUAAAGGAAGAAGAGAACAAGUGUAAAACUGAGGCUCCUUCAACUUAUCAAGUAAAAGAAGAAACUGAGGCUCCUUCAACUUAUCAAAUAAAACAAGAAAAUGAGGCUCGUCCACAGGGAAUUAAGUUUGAAGAAGCUGCCAGUUUUGUGGAGAAAGUAAAGGAACGUUUCCGAAACGACAACCAUGUGUAUGAAUCAUUCUUAAACAUUUUGAGGAUGUACAACAUGGAGAGCUAUGAUGUCUACCAUAAGGUUGCUAUACUUUUCAAGAAUCAUUCAGAUUUGCUUGGUGAGUUCGCUAAAUUCUUGCCAGAUUCUUCAGCUGAUUUCAAGCUUAGGGAACGUAUUGAUCAGUUAACCAUCCUCUUUAGUUCCUUGUAAUAGUGUGAUUGGUAUGACUAAAGCUUGUGAAGGAGUUCGACUUGAUGGGUUUCUUGGGAAUUUUUCUUCUGUUUCUAAUGACUAGAGAUUCAGUUUUAUUGGCAAUGUAAAAUGUUGGUACUAUAUGGUUUUUUU